AUGCAUGUUCAUGUAAGUUUUUUUGCGAAUUAGACCAGAAAUUGCCACGGCCAAAAUUUCGGCUCUGGCUCCGGCCCUUACCUCCCAGAGUCGGAGCCGAGGCCAAAUUUGCGGCUCCGGCUCCCGUGCAAAAUUCAAAAAGGUGGGCGGCUCCCGUACAAACAUCUUUUAAAAAAUAUUUUUGAUCCAGUGAAAAAAAGUACCAUUUUGCAUCCGGGAAGUAUAAAAAAUGUGGCAAAAUGUUUCCCUCUCCAACUGAAAAACUCCGAUUUCAAAAGCGCGCCCUUUCUUUUUUGUGAGGGAAAGGGAAGGCGCCCUUCAAAACAAAGUUUUUUUUACUUGGAAAGGGAAACAUUUUGCCACAUUUUUCGUACUUCACAGAUGCAAAAUGGUGCGUUGUUUGCCAUUGGAUCAGGUCCUGUAGUAAGAUCACGAAAUUUUUCUUUUCUUACCGUUGAGAAGUCUGGCUCCGACUUUGGGCUCCGGAGCCGUGGCAAAUUCUCUGAUUCCGACCGCUGAAAUUGUCAGACUGGGAAAUAUGAUAAUUUACCACGACCAACUUUCAGUUGGCUACAUUUAUUUUCGGCCUGGUGUUCGUGGUGAUCUCGCCGAUCAUGGCGACUUGCGGCUUCUUCCUUUCAAUGUACGCCCUCCUUGUGAGUCGGGCCAUCGGCACAUUGGCGAAUGUCUUCAUUUUGCUUGGAAAUCAUCUGCCCAUGGGCCUGUUCUACAUGAUCUACUUGAUCUCUAACGUACGUUCGAAGACUUUGUCGCAAAAAACGCCUCAUUUCCCUCGUUCUUUCCUUUAAACCUGCCUUCAGGGGAUCGCCGUCUUCAUCGAACUCAUCUAUGUCAUCAUCCUGCUGCUGGCUUCGUUCGGACUGGCCCCGAUGAACGGCUUCACCGGCUUGUUCCUGGCGCCGGUGGUGCAGCAGAUCGCGGUGCCGCUGCUGAUCGUGCUGGUAGUCAUGUGCAUCCUCAACAUCUAUGCAAUGUGGGUUACAUACAAAGGACUAGCGUUCCUAAAGUCGAAUCCCAAGGACGCCAAUAAUUUCAACAUGGCUUCGAGCGUUUGAUCGGAUGAUGGCCGCGCCCGCCCCCGCCAAAGUCACGUUGAGAGCCGGCGACAGCGACGAGACCAUCCCGUUGCGGCAGGACAGCGUUCGCACCGUCUUCUUGUAG